AUGAUCAUUGGCUCGGUUACACCAGUGGGGAACUGGUAACAACUGCCCAUAACUGGCUGUGUUUUUCACUGGUCCUAGAGGCUGUGCAGUCUGAGCCCAUGAAUGAUGUGUGUGAAUGGUAUUGCAGUUGUAUUAGCUUAGAUGUACUGUAAGUUGGAGCUAUCACUCACACUGUGUGUGUGUGUGUGUGUGUGUGUUGGCGUUGGCAGGCUUACAGAGGGCUCCGUACCGCAGAGACUUUGAAGCUAAACUGCUUAACUUCUACAGGAAGCUGUAAGCCAAGGGCUUUGGCCAGGGAAGAUGAGGUGUGUGUGUGUAUGCUGAUCCAACCCCUCCCAUUGUGGAAAUUAUACAUCAAGGACUGAUUGGAGAUGUUGCAAGAUAGCAGAAUGAACAGAUAGAGAGACAGUAGUCUCUAAGGUGUAGACCUUACAGUGAAAUGCUUACUUACAAGCCCUUAACCAACAAUGCAGUUCUAAGAAAAUAAGUGUUAAGUAAAAAAUAGAUAAGUAAAAAUAAAAACAUUAAAGAGCAGCAGUAAAAUAACAGUAGCGAGGCUAUAUACAGGGGGUACCGGUACCGAGUCAAUGUGCGGGGGCACAGGUUAGUUGAGGUAAUUGAGGUCUGGGUAGCCAUUUGAUUAGCUGUUCAGCAGUUGGCUUGUGGGUAGAAGCUGUUAAGAAGCCUUUUGGACCUAGACUUGGUGCUCCGGUACCGCUUGCCGUGCGGAAGCAGAGAGAACAGUCUAUGACUAGGGUGGCUGGAGUCUUUGACCAUUUUUAGGGCUUUCCUCUGACACCACCUGGUAUAGAGGUCCUGGAUGGCAGGGAGCUCGGCCCCAGUGAUGUACUGGGCCGUACGCACUACCCUCUGUAGUGCCUUGCGGUCGGAGGCCGAGCAGUUGCCAUACCAGGCAGUGAUGCAACCAGUCAGGAUGCUCCCGCAAGGAGCUGCAGAGGAACAAGCUCUAUGUCACGGAGAGGAUGAGUAAGCGUGCGCAUGUGUGUGUGUGGGGGGGCUUGAUUUAUCCUGUUGCCAUGUACUUUUAAACUACAUCCCCCAUCUCCCCCGUCUCUAGGCUGGAUUAUAGCUUCCCCUCCAGGGAGAACUUCUUCCUGUUGUCCCAGGAACUGUUCAACCCUUACUAUGGCCUGUUUGAGUACUCUGCCAACGACACGUACACCGUCCAGAUCAGCCCCGUGUCUGCCUUCGUAGAGAACCAUCUGGAAUGGUGAGGACCAGGGUUGGGGAAAAAAGGAAACCCAAUUCCAAUUCCAAUUCCAAAUGUUCCUAAUUGAAGAGAAUUCCAAUUUUAGUGUACUUACUGAAUUGACUGGAAUUGAAAUGGAAUAGACCCCAACCUGGUGAGGACUGAUACCCUGGGAUAGAAUAACGGAUGUUUUAUAUUUAUUCUUGUAAUUAUUACUUUUUAUCCUAAAUGUAACCAGGGGAGUCUCAUUGAGAUAUGAAUGUCUUCUUCAAGGGAGCCUUGGCCAAGAGACUAUUAAUACAUGAAAAAAAGAGAAGACUAUUGAAUACACAGCUGUAAAAAUCACCUCAAGAUAAAAACCUGUAAAUUAGACUAAAUAUUAGCACUUCAUAUACUCGUGGGUAAUAACAUUCAAUCUGGAUAAUAACACAAAACAAAUCAUAAGGCUAGAGAAAUGUAUCGACAAAUAUUACAACAACACGCAACACCCAAACAUGAGGGAAGAUAAACGAGGAGAAUCAAUCUCCAAGAGAAAACGCGACUCGUCGACUAAUACAGAUUAUUUAUGCUUUUCACCACUGGGACUGGUAAGUGUGGAAAGCGACCUGUUGAAGUCGAUAAAUGACAAACUGGGCAUACUAGAGUUGGUCAGUAAUGAUGUAAAAGAGUUGAAGGCGAGUCUUGAAAUGAGUGACGGAAAAGCUGCGAUAAUGGAGAAAGAUACAAAAAAACUAAAAGAGACAGUCACUAAGAUAGAAACGGACGUUGAGGAACUUAAAAGGAGAACAACUUUCUGAGGGAAGCUUUACUAGACAUGGAAACUAGAUCGAUGAGAGAAAAUCUAGUACUUACGGGUAUCCAGGAAAAAGAGGGAGAGGUAACCGAGACUAUUGUGAAGGACUUCUUUCUAAAAGCGCUUCAAAUCCCACUCGAGGCUGUCGAUAAAAUCCAACUCGAACAAAGAGGACAGAGAUAUGAGCAUCCAAUCGUUGCCAAAUUAGCUUUUUUAAGGAUAAAGUAAUGGUUAAACGCCUAGGUGAAAGACUUGCUGGCACCAAAAUAGGAAUGAAUGAUCAGUUCCCGAGGGAGAUUGCAGAACGGCGCAAAGUUCUGUACCCAAUCUUCAAGGAAAAUAGAUUAAAAGGGAAGCGUGUUGCUCUCGUUGUCAAUAAACGGUAUAUUGACAACCAACUGUACCGCUACACAAAGAUUACUCCAUGGCUAUUCUGAAAGUUCUAAUAGAGGAGUCGAAUAAUGGAGCACCCAAUACUAGCCAUGGUAGGGAUUGUAAUAAUAAAGAACAUUUAUAGUAUGUAUAGUAUUUUAUAAAAGGAUAAAACGGUAUUACAAGAAAAGAUAACAAGCAAAAUAAUACAUCUUCAAAUACAACUAAAUUAGAACACAUAUACUCAAUCAACAUAGUGGAGAUAAAAACAUAGCGAACAGAAGACAUAGAAGGCUCAGUAUGUGGGGAUGUGUGGAUGAAUUGUGAUGGAAGGUAUGGUGAGCGUUUUUGUGUUUGAAAAAGUGUGGCGUUAAGUGAGUGAGAAAGGAAAUGGUUGCAUGUCCCAGAACCAACGUGUGUCUGUGAGCAGGGGAUGUGAGAGAGAGCUUUCAGUUUUGUGCAGAUGAGGAAUAUACAUUUUAAAAUAUAGUAUACAUCUAAUCUAUUAUUUUAUUGUCCUAUCAUGAUGGAACGAUCCCCAACCCUAUAACCUGGACACCCACCUGAGUGACCCAUACACCAAAGAGAAGUCCUCAUCUGUUUUAUGGACCUGCUGUGAGUUGCCUAUAUACAGCCUAAACAGAAAAAUAAAUGCGGUCAGAGACCUACUUGAGCAGCACCGCCCCCUCAAGAUUCUGAGCCUGCCUGGCAGGGUUGGUCCUACAAAGCCAGAGCCCCCUGAUGGGAGAGCAUAAUAUACAAGGAAAUUCUCAAAGCUGCUAAUGAGAACCUUGACGACCUUGUACCUAGCCGGUGGGGAUUCCGGUGUGGGGUACCCCAACCCAGGUAGUGGCAGUGCUGGCAACACUGGCUGCAGUAACCCAUGGGGAGGGGGUCACACUCGGACAAUCAGAGAGGGGGAAUAUUAUUGUGGCCCUGGUGGCACAAAAUAAUCAAAGGUCUGACUGCAUGGAGAUGCUUGGGGGAAAUGGUUACAACGGGGUACCAGAGUGUUUGUGUCUCAGGUGAAGAGGGUGGAUCUGAUCUCCAUCACCUAGGACUUGACAUAGGUUAAAUAGAUUAAUCAAAUCUCACAUUGUUGUCCAUUUUUGCUCAAUCUUGCAUGCUUUCUCAAACAGCUGUAACUGUAUAUGCAUUCGUAAAUCAGUUCCAUUCUUGAGUUGGGCUCUGUGAUGUAAUAACCGUUGAGCAUCUGAUCUUAUGGUUGAUUGUGGAGGAAAGGGGUUGAGUGUGUUAGAGUAUGGGCGUGUGUGUUUAUCCCACAUCUGUUGCGAGGGGGUAAGGAUGUUAGGGAGAAUAUAGGAUGGACCACAAUAAUUGUUUGCUAAAAUAAUAAUUGCUUGUCAAAAAUGUAAUGUAAUACAAUGGCAAUCCGGGUUAUAGGUUAAAAUCCUACGCAUGAACUGCCGACAUUUUUACGCAUAUUAAUCGAUAAUGAUGGAAAAUAAGAUAUGCAAGAUAUUUGAAUGGAUAUAUAUUUUUAAGUAGCUAUAUAUAUAUAUAUAUAUGGACAAUUUGCAUAUUAUAUAUAUAUUGAGGUGAGAGCAUUGGAAAUGCUUUUGGCGGUUGACCUGCUUCUGUUUUGUGGGUGGCACUGUGUGCUGUUUUCAAUGGAUGGGUCCUGGCCUCUCGGGGGGCCUAGGGAUUCGGGGGGACGUGGGUGGUCACCCGGUUACUGGGAUGACGGCCCAACUUGGGAUAGGGAGGUGCUUUAGAGGGGGAAUUAGUGGAGAACAAUUGGAGGGUUACUUAGUAGCAAUGCAAAUAUCAUGGUACAGCUAAAUGGGCAGUCAAUCGCUAUGGUAUUUUUAUUGGUAAAUUUACAAACAUAUAUAAUGAUAAAUAGAUUUGAAACUUGUAUCCCAUUAUGGUAUAUGGUGAAAUAGGUAUAGCCAGUUAUAAUUGUAAUGGCUUAGCAGAUAAUAACAAAAGAAGAACAAUAUUUACAUGGCUCAAAGAGAAGGAAUAUAAUAUCUAUUGUUUACAGGAAACCCAUUCAACAAUUCUAGAGGAAGAUGUGUGGAAAAAGGACUGGGGGGGGCGAAAUAUACUUCUCCCAUGGGCUAAGAAACUCAAAAGGGGUGAUGAUAUUAAUGAACAGUAAUUUCGAUCCGAAUGUGCAAAUUGUCCAAACAGAUACGCAAGGUAGAUGGAUUAUUUUAAAUAUGUUAUUGGACCAUAAACAAAUAUGGCUCAUUAACCUUUACGGACCAAAUAAUGAUGAUCCACAUUUCUUUGAAAAUAAACAUAAUAAAUUAUCGACCUUGCAAGCAAUUCAAGACUCUAUAAUUAUGGUGGGAGAUUAUAAUACAGUUUUAAAUAGCUCAAUGGACCGUAAAGGAAAUCACACUACAAACAAACACCCUCAUGCUCUUGAGGAAAUUGUGAAUGUCAUGGAUACAUUAGAACUAGUAGAUAUAUGGAGGCUUAAAUAUCCUGAUCUAGUGAGAUAUACAUGGCGGAGACUCAAUCAAGCUAGUCGUCUUGACUUCUUUCUUAUGUCAUUCUCAUUGGCACCAAAAGUUUAAAAAGUGUUGAUAGGGGACAGAAUGCGGUAGGACCAUCAUAUACAGUGAGGGAAAAAAGUAUUUGAUCCCCUGCUGAUUUUGUACGUUUGCCCACUGACAAAGAAAUUAUCAAUCUAUAAUUUUAAUGGUAGGUUUAUUUGAACAGUGAGAGACAGAAUAACAACAACAAAAUCUAGAAAAACACAUGUCAACAAUGUUAUAAAUUGAUUUGCAUUUUAAUGAGGGAAAUAAGUAUUUGACCCCUCUUCAAAACAUGACUUAGUACUUGGUGGCAAAACCCUUGUUGGCAAUAAUAAUAAUAUGCCAUUUAGCAGACACUUUUAUCCAAAGCGACUUACAGUCAUGUGUGCAUACAUUUUUACGUAUGGGUGGUCCCGGGGAUCGAACCUACUACCCUGGCGUUACAAGCGCCAUGCUCUACCAAUUGAGCUACAGAGGUCAGACGUUUCUUGUAGUUGGCCACCAGGUUUGCACACAUCUCAGGAGGGAUUUUGUCCCACUCCUCUUUGCAGAUCUUCUCCAAGUCAUUAAGGUUUCGAGGCUGACGUUAGGCAACUCGAACCUUCAGCUCCCUCCACAGAUUUUCUAUGGGAUUAAGGUCUGGAGACUGGCUAGGCCACUCCAGGAUCUUAAUGUGCUUCUUCUUGAGCCACUCCUUUGUUGCCUUGGCCGUGUGUUUAGGGUCGUUGUCAUGCUGGAAUACCCAUCCACGACCCAUUUUCAAUGCCCUGGCUGAGGGAAGGAGGUUCUCACCCAAGAUUUGACGGUACAUGGCCCCUUCCAUCGUCCCUUUGAUGCUGUGAAGUUGUCCUGUCCCCUUAGCAGAAAAACACCCCCAAAGCGGUGGGGAUGGUGUUCUUGGGGUCAUAGGCAGCAUUUCUCCUCCUCCAAACACGGCGAGUUGAGUUGAUGCCAAAGAGCUCCAUUUUGGUCUCAUCUGACCACAACACUUUCACCCAGUUCUCCUCUGAAUCAUUCAGAUGUUCAUUGGCAAACUUCAGACGGGCAUGUAUAUGUGCUUUCUUGAGCAGGGGGACCUUGCGGGCACUGCAGGAUUUCAGUCCUUCACGGAGUAGUGUGUUACCAAUUGUUUUCUUGGUGACUAUGGUCCCAGCUACCUUGAGAUCAUUGACAAGAUCCUCCCGUGUAGUUCUGGGCUGAUUCCUCACCGUUCUCAUGAUCAUUGCAACUCCACGAGGUGAGAUCUUGCAUGGAGCCCCAGGCCGAGGGAGAUUGACAGUUCUUUUGUGUUUCUUCCAUUUGCGAAUAAUCGCACCAACUGUUGUCACCUUCUCACCAAGCUGCUUGGCGAUGGUCUUGUAGCCCAUUCCAGCCUUGUUUAGGUCUACAAUCUUGUCCCUGACAUCCUUGGAGAGCUCUUUGGUCUUGGACAUGGUGGAGAGUUUGGAAUCUGAUUGAUUGAUUGCUUCUGUGGACAGGUGUCUUUUAUACAGGUAACAAGCCGAGAUUAGAGCACUCUAGUGUGCUCCUAAUCUCAGCUCGUUACCUUUAUAAAAGACACCUGGGAGCCAGAAAUCUUUCUGAUUGAGAGGGGGUCAAAUACUUAUUUCCCUCAUUAAAAUGGAUUUUUUUUGUUGUUAUUCUGUCUCUCACUGUUCAAAUAAAACUACCAUUAAAAUUAUAGACUGAUCAUUUCUUUGUCAGUGGGCAAACGUACAAAAUCAGCAGGGGAUCAAAUACUUUUUUCACUCACUGUAAUUGGUAUAUACAUUAUAAUAAUAAUAAUAAUAUGCCAUUUAGCAGACGCAUUUAUCCAAAGCGACUUACAGUCAUGCGUGCAUACAUUUUUGUGUACACAUUACUCUUACUGAAUUUCCAAGUGGGCGAGGAUAUUGGAAAUUUAAUCAAAGCCUAUUGGAUGAUAACUUGUUUUUAACUAGGACAGAGGAAUUUCUAACAGAUUUUUUCCGAUAUAACAUACAGUGGGGGAAAAAAGUAUUUAGUCAGCCACCGAUUGUGCAAGUUCUCCCACUUAAAAAGAUGAGAGAGGCCUGUAAUUUUCAUCAUAGGUACACGUCAACUAUGACAGACAAAAUGAGAAAGGAAAAUCCAGAGAAUCACAUUGUAGGAUUUUUUAUGAAUUUAUUUGCAAAUUAUGGUGGAAAAUAAGUAUUUGGUCAAUAACAAAAGUUUCUCAAUACUUUGUUAUAUACCCUUUGUUGGCAAUGACACAGGUCAAACAUUUUCUGUAAGUCUUCACAAGGUUUUCACACACUGUUGCUGGUAUUUUCGCCCAUUCCUCCAUGCAGAUCUCCUCUAGAGCAGUGAUGUUUUGGGGCUGUCGCUGGGCAACACGGACUUUCAACUCCCUCCAAAGAUUUUCUAUGGGGUUGAGAUCUGGAGACUGGCUAGGCCACUCCAGGACCUUGAAAUGCUUCUUACGAAGCCACUCCUUCGUUGCCCGGGCGGUGUGUUUGGGAUCAUUGUCAUGCUGAAAGACCCAGCCAUGUUUCAUCUUCAAUGCCCUUGCUGAUGGAAGGAGGUUUUCACUCAAAAUCUCACGAUACAUGGCCCCAUUCAUUCUUUCCUUUACACGGAUCAGUCGUCCUGGUCCCUUUGCAGAAAAACAGCCCCAAAGCAUGAUGUUUCCACCCCCAUGCUUCACAGUAGGUAUGGUGUUCUUUGGAUGCAACUCAGCAUUCUUUGUCCUCCAAACACGAGGAGUUGAGUUUUUACCAAAAAGUUCUAUUUUGGUUUCAUCUGACCAUAUGACAUUCUCCCAAUCCUCUUCUGGAUCAUCCAAAUGCACUCUAGCAAACUUCAGACGGGCCUGGACAUGUACUGGCUUAAGCAGGGGGACACAUCUGGCACUGCAGGAUUUGAGUCCCUGGCGGCGUAGUGUGUUACUGAUGGUAGGCUUUGUUACUUUGGUCCCAGCUCUCUGCAGGUCAUUCACUAGGUCCCCCCGUGUGGUUCUGGGAUUUUUGCUCACCGUUCUUGUGAUCAUUUUGACCCCACGGGGUGAGAUCUUGCGUGGAGCCCCAGAUCGAGGGAGAUUAUCAGUGGUCUUGUAUGUCUUCCAUUUCCUAAUAAUUGCUCCCACAGUUGAUUUCUUCAAACCAAGCUGCUUACCUAUUGCAGAUUCAGUCUUCCCAGCCUGGUGCAGGUCUACAAUUUUGUUUCUGGUGUCCUUUGACAGCUCUUUGGUCAUGGCCAUAGUGGAGUUUGGAGUGUGACUGUUUGAGGUUGUGGACAGGUGUCUUUUAUACUGAUAACAAGUUCAAACAGGUGCCAUUAAUACAGGUAACGAGUGGAGGACAGAGGAGCCUCUUAAAGAAGAAGUUACAGGUCUGUGAGAGCCAGAAAUCUUGCUUGUUUGUAGGUGACCAAAUACUUAUUUUCCACCAUAAUUUGCAAAUAAAUUCAUUAAAAAUCCUACAAUGUGAUUUUCUGGAUUUUUUUCCUCAAUUUGUCUGUCAUAGUUGAUGUGUACCUAUGAUGAAAAUUACAGGUCUCUCUCAUCUUUUUAAGUGGGAGAACUUGCACAAUUGGUGGAUGACUAAAUACUUUUUUUGCCCACUAGGUUAUAGGUUGAGAGCUUUUGUGAAAGAGCACAGUUAGAAAGAUAUGGCAUAUAGAAACAAACCAGAUGGACAUCAUGAAAAUGAUCGGAGGAAGCUCAGGAGUAAAAACAAACAAACAAAAUAUAAUUAUUGUAGAAUUUGACUGUGUCCAUAAAAUGUAUAUAGUAUGUAUGGGCUGGAAGUAGAGGCCUAAGCGUUGUUGUUCACUAGUUUACUCCAAUUGGGGAAGGGGUGGUGGGGUUGGAAAGUAAUGAAGGGAAAUAUAAUUUUAAAAUAGGAUAUGUGUGUGUGUAUGGAUGUAUGUAUAUAUGUAUGUAUUUAUAUGUGUGUGUGUGUGUGUGUGUGUAUGUGUGUGUAUAUAUAUAUAUAUUUGCGAGAAAAAAAUAUAUAUGGGGGAUUGGAAGUGAUGCAGACAAUUACAUUGAUGGAAGUUACAAUAUAUCUGAAAUAUUAAAGCUGAUCUACCCCAUAGAAAGUAAAACAAACAAAAAAAUGACAAAAAUGAAAAAAAGAUGAAAUGAAACCAGAUAUUUUACAGUUGGCCUCUGUGUAUCUUCAACCACUUAGGACAAAAUAUUUUAACCAUGCAGCUGGUGUAGGCCAUAAAAUUGUAUAGGGUUAUUAUCUCUUUAUCUCUCAUUAGCAUUUUAUUUUGGGACUAGGGGAGUCAUGUAAAACUGAGCAUUGUUUAACGUCAAUAUUUAACCUUCCCCCUUGACACAAGACGUAAUAAAACUAAACAUGGUGUGCUGUAUUCACCGUCUGUGUCAACCUUGACGCAGUGGGGAAUAGCUAGUCCCCUGUUUUACUGCUUAUGGAAAUGCCGCCUUGUUAGCUCAGUUCAUUUGUCACCGGUAUUGAGAGCCUAGAGCAAUGACAAAUCUUCUCAGACAUGACAUGGUUGCCAUAGCAUCCCUAUUAGCCUGUAUUUGUAUUUAUUAUGGAUCCCCACUCUUCCUGGGGUUCGGCAAAAUUAAGGCAGUUGUACAAUUUUAAUAACAUUACAAUACAUUCAUUACAGAAUUCACAACACACUAAGUGUGUGCUCUCAGGCCCAUAUGCCACUACCACAUACAACACAAAAUCCAUGUGUACGUGUGUGUAUAGUGCGUAUGUUAUCAUGUGUGUGUAUGCAUGUGUCUGUGCCUAUGUUUGUGUUGCUUCACAGUCCCCGCUGUUCCAUAAGGGGUAUUUUUAUCUGUUUUUUAAAUCUGAUUCUACUGCUUGCAUCAGUUACCUGUAGUGGAAUAGUGUUCAAUGUAGUCAUGGCUCUAUGCAGUACUGUGCGCCUCCCAUAGUCUGCUCCGGACUUGGGGACUGUGAAGAGACCUCUGGUGGCAUGUCUUGUGGGGUAUGCAUGGGUGUCUGAGCUGUGUGCUCGUUGUUUAAACAGACAGCUCGGUGCUUUCAAAAUGUCAGUACCUCUCACAAAUACAAGUAGUGAUGAAGUCAAUCUCUCCUCUACUUUGAGCCAGCAGAGAUUGACAUGCAUAUUAUUAAUGUUUAUUAUUAAUUUAAUCUCUGUGUACAUCCAAGGGCCAGCCGUGCUGCUCUGUCCCUCUUUGUGGCACCUGACCACACGACUGAACAGUAGUCCAGGUGCGACAAAACUAGAGACUGUAGGACCUACCUUGUUGAUAGUGCUGAUAAGACGGUAGAGCAGCGCUUUAUUAUGGACAGACUUCUCCCCAUCCUAUCUACUGUUGUAUCAAUAUGUUUUGACCAUGACAGUUUACAAUCCAGGGUUAUUCCAAGCAGUUUAGUCACCUCAACUUUCUCACUUUCCACAUUAUCUAUUACAAGAUUUAGUUGAGGUUUAGGGUUUAGUGAAUGAUUUGUCCCAAAUACAAUGCUUUUAAUUUUUGAAAUAUUUAGGACUAACUUAUUGCUUACCACCCAUUCUGAAACUAACUGGAGCUCUUUGUUAAGUGUUGCAGUCAUUUCAGUCGCUGUAGUUUCUGACGUAUAUAGUGUUGAGUCAUCCGCAUACAUAGACACACUGGCUUUACUCAAAGCCAGUGGCAUGUCGUUAGCAAAUAUUGAAAAAAUUAAGGGGCCUAGACAGCUGCCCUGGGGAAUUCCUGAUUCUACCUGGAUUAUGUUGGAGAGGCUUCUGUUAAAGAACAACCUCUGUGUUCUGUUAGACAGGUAACUCUUUAUCCACAAUAUAGCAGGGGGUGUAAAGCCAUAACACAUAGGUUUUUCCAGCAGCAGACUAUGAUCGAUAAUGUCAAAAGCCGCACUGAAAUCUAACAAAACAGCCCCCACAAUAUUUUUAUCAUCAGCCAAUCAUCAAUCAUUUGUGUAAGUGCUGUGCUUGUUGAAUGUCCUUCCCUAUAAGCAUGCUGAAAGUCUGUUGUCAAUUUGUUUACUAUAAAAUAGCAUUGUAUCUAGUCAAACAUCAUUUUUUCAAAACUUUACUAAGGGUUAGUAACAGGCUGAUUGGUCGGCUAUUUGAGCCAUUAAAGGGGUCUUUACUAUUCUUAGGUAGUGGAUUUACUUUUGCUUCCCUCCAGGCCUGAGGGCACACACAUUCUAGUAGGCCUAAAUUGAAGAUAUGGCAAAUAGGAGUGGCAAUAUAGUCCGCUAUUAUCCUCAGUAAUUUUCCAUCCAGACCCUGGUGGCUUGUCAUUGUUGAUAAACAACAAUCAUUUUUUCUCCUCUUCCACACUCACUUUGCGGAAUUCAGGGGUCAGUGUCAGUAAGGUAGGUCACCAGGCACCAGGGCUUUGACUGCGUCCUCUUAGCCUGACCAGUCACUUUGUAGUAUGUUGUAACUCGGUAGAGUGGAGUACUGUAUUAUUAAAGCUUUAUAUUUUUCUGCAGAGGACACAAUGAAAAAUGCUUUUAAUAUGCAUGUAUAUAAGUAUUUUUGUUGGACACACAUAGUAGAAUGUGGAUCUUUUGGCCCCAAAAUGGUUCCCACGCUACACACCAUUCACACGUACAGUUCUCUGCAAUCAUUUUCCGGCACGUAAGCCUAUUCGUGUGUUUGUCCCGUCAAUAAAUCUAUCAGAUUGAUGCAGCAACAGACUGCUCCUUUUUCGUUAUUGUCCCCAAUAGUCACCAGUUGAAGUAUCCAGGGGUAAGGAACGUUUUGGGAUUUUCACGUCCCUCAGUCGAGUACCUGAUCCCCCCCUUUUUCGUUUAAGCUCGGCUGAAGCGCGUUUGGGUGUACCUUUUUUCCAUUUAUCGUUUCCUGUGUGUCAUUUCCUGUGUCAGAUGACGGAGUGGGAGCUGAAGUCGGGCGGCUCCAACCUGCAGGUGACUGAGAAGAAUAAGAAGGAUUACAUAGAGCGCAUUGGAAGGUGGAGUGGAGGUGGUGCAGCACACUGAGGCCCUGGUCCGAGGCUUCUAUGAGGUAAUAGCCCUUGACUCUUACUUCUACCUCAGUGUUUGCAGAUCUGAAGGAAUAGGAUAGGUACACUAUAUAUACAAAGGUAUGUGGACACCCCUUCAAAUGAGUGGAUUCGGCUAUUUCAGCCACACCCGUUGUGUAUAAAAUCGAGCACACAGCCAUGCAAUCUCCAUAGACAAACAUUGUCAGUAGAAUGACCUUACUGAAGAGCUCAGUGACUUUCAACGUGGCACCGUCAUAGGAUGCCACCUUUCCAACAAGUCAGUUGGUCAACUUUCUGCCCUGCAAGAGCUGCUCCGGUCAACUGUAAGUGAUGUUAUUGUGAAGUGGAAAGGUCUAGGAGCAACAACGGCUCAGCCGCGAAGUGGUAGGCCACACAAGCUCACAAAACGGGACCGAAGAGUGCUGAAGCGCAUUGUGCGUAAAAAUCGUCUGUCCUCGGUUGCAAAAUUCACUACCGAGUUCCAAACUGUCUCUGGAAACAACGUCAGCACAAGAACUGUUCGUCGGGAGCUUCAUGAAAUGGGUUUCCAUGGCCGAGCAGCCGCACACAAGCCUAAGAUCACCAUACGCAAUGCCAAGCGUCGACUGGAGCAGUGUAUAGCUCGCCGAUGUUCGACGAGCAGGUGUCCACAUACUUUUGGUCAUGUAGUGUACAGUAAUCCCUCGUUUAUCGCGGGGGUUACGUUCCGAAAAUGACCCGCGAUAAGUGAAAUCCGCGAAAUAGAAAACUUUUUUUUUUUACAAUUAGCAACUAUUACAUGUAUACAAAUACAGUGACUCACGUGUAGGCCGUUUCACUGCUCUUCAGACUGGGCCGCUGCAUCCUGACUGCGCUCUGCAGUGUUCUCUUCUUCUGAAGCCCGCGGUGCAGGUGUGUUUGUUCGGGAGAAGAACAUAGUGAUAGGCAGCUGUUGUCGCUCUUUUUUCUUCUUUGCAAAAAGAUCCUUGUACACCGACAUGCCACCAUCGAUUACGUUUGAGAACUGUAAUGAACGGCUCAUCAAAGGGUCCCAUUCCUCAGCUACUCGCUUAAGUUCAGUGGCCAUUCGCACCAUGGUUGCUAAGCGACCAAGCGUUAGUCCUUCCUCCUCAUCUCUCGUGUCCUCUUCUCCCUCUUCUCUUUCAUCGUCGCUUUGUGGCUUUGUCAUUUCUGCCAGCUCUGCAUCGGUCAGCGGCUGUGCGUCUCCAUCAAUCAGGGCGUUUAUGUCAUCCGGACUCAUGUCAUUAAAGCCGUCUCCUCCAAUCUGUUUAGCCAGAUUCACAGCUGUUUCUACGGCAGAGUGGUGGACCUCGUCAAGCGAGCCUCCGGUUGCGUUUUGCACUGCCUCUGGCCACAGAGCUAAUGCCGUCUCCAUCCGUACCAUGGUCUUGUUGCGGACAGUUACAACCCUUUUUGCAUUCGUAUAAAAAUUGACUGCUGCUGUCGUCCUUAUGUUUUUUUCCUCCUUCUUUAUGUAACGAACGGAAGAUUCAUUGAUUCCGUAAUGGCGAGCAACGGCUGCAUAGCUUUUACCUUCCCUUAGCAUGUCCAGAAGUUUAACUUUAUCUGAGAUAGGUAGCAUCUUCCGCCGUUUGGGCCCAUCCGCAGGUGCUUUUGUCGGUCCAGGCCGUUUCGUCGACAUUAUGGGUUUAGGAGAUGUUCGAAAUUACAAGAUAAUUUGGCCAACUUAAUGUAAAUUUGCCAAGCUGUUUUAUGUACGUUCACAUAACUGCACGAGACGACAAAAUGAUAGCACAAUUCGUAGCAUGUUUUGAUACAAGAAGCGGGAGUGAGUUUUUAGCGAAUCAGAAUGCAGAGCACAAUGCACCAAAAAAAAAAAAAUGCAUUAUGAAAAUCCGCGAAAUAGCGAAUCCGCGAUAAGUGAACCGCGAAGUGGCGAGGGAUCACUGUAUAAGCAAUGUGGCAGAUCCUCCCCAUUACCAUGUUGCUUACACCUAUCCAGUCUCUUCAGAUUUGUCAAUGCCAAAUGUAGAGUCUCGAGAGGAGGUGUCAGAGACAUUAUUCCAUUUCACCAUUGCCAGGUGAAUUUCAUUAGUUUGUGGAACAACAGGCAAUCAUCCAUUGGCUUCACUAACCCCCACUCCAACCCUCCUCUUCCCACAGGUGGUAGACUUUCGCUUGGUGUCAGUGUUUGAUGCCAGAGAGCUGGAGCUGGUCAUCGCAGGGACGGCUGAGAUCGACCUCAACGACUGGAGGACCAACACAGAGUACAGAGGAGGUGAGACAGUUAAGAUCUUUCUGUUCUGGGAUAGCCAUCUUGUGAAGUGUCCUAGGGAAAUAUGUUUAUUUCUAAAGUAUAAAAAGUACAAUAGGCCUUAUGUUCAAACUGAAACUGACAGUGCUGCAGACAAACAGAGGAGGGAAGAAAGCACAAUAUGGACCAGGUAAUGGACCAGUUAAUGGACCAGGUAAUGGACCAGUUAAUGGACCAGGUAAUGGACCAGUUAAUGGACCAGGUAAUGGACCAGGUAAUGGACCAGGUAAUGGACCAGGUAAUGGACCAGGUAAUGGACCAGGUAAUGGACCAGUUAAUGGACCAGGUAAUGGACCAGGUAAUGGACCAGGUAAUGGACCAGUUAAUGGACCAGGUAAUGGACCAGGUAAUGGACCAGGUAAUGGACCAGUUAAUGGACCAGGUAAUGGACCAGGUAAUGGACCAGGUAAUGGACCAGGUAAUGGUCGAAACGCUGUCAGUGUUGGUCAUGCUCUGUUUAAUGCUCUGUUUAAUGCUCUGUUUAAUGUAUCACUUUCUGAAAGCAUAAAUCAAUCAGUGUCCUUUCUGCAUAACAAAGUACUACAGUCCAUAUGUUCCAACUGACAGGACGGCUACAGUACAGUAACAACAGAGCAGUCAACGGCAAGUAGAACACGCCACAACAUCCAUCUCACGGCCUCGUUAGCGCACAUGCCCCAUGUCACCUGACCUAAGACUAAGAGAGAGUGUCUGUGACUGACUACGGCUACGUCUUGACUGUGACUGACUACGGCUACCUCUUGACUCUGACUAACUAUGGCUAUGUCAUGACUGUGACUAACUACGUUGUGACUGUGACUGACUACGGCUAAGUCUUGACUGUUACUGACUAUGGCUAUGUCGUGACUGUGAUUGACUAUGGCUACGUCUUGACUGUGACUGACUACGGGGUGACUGACUACGGCUAUGUCUUGACUGUGACUGACUACGGCUAUGUCGUGACUGUGACGGACUACGUCGUGGCUGUGACUGACUACGGCUACAUCUUGACUGUGACUGACUACGGCUACGUUGUGACUGUGACUGACUACGGCUAUGUCAUGACUGUGACUGACUGCGGCUACGUCGUGACUGUGACUGACCACGGCUAAGACUUGACUGUGACUGACUACGGGGUGACUGACUACAGCUAUGUCUUGACUGUGACUGACUACGGAUAUGUCGUGACUGUGACUGACUAUGGCUACGUCUUGACUGUGACUGACUACGGGGUGACUGACUACGGUUAUGUCUUGACUGUGACUGACUACGGAUAUGUCGUGACUGUGACGGACUACGUCAUGGCUGUGACUGACUACGGCUACGUCUUGACUGUGAUGACUACGGCUACCUCUUGACUGUGACUAACUACGGCUAUGUCAUGACUGUGACUAACUACGUUGUGACUGUGACAGACUACGGCUACCUCUUGACUGUGACUGACUACGGCUACCUCUUGACUGUGGCUAACUACGGCUAUGUCAUGUAUGUGACUAACUACGUCUUGACUGUGACUGACUACGGCUAAGUCUUGACUGUGACUGACUAUGGCUAUGUCGUGACUGUGAGUGACUACGGCUACGUCUUAACUGUGACUGACUACGGGGUGACUGACUACGGCUAUGUCUUGAAUGUGACUGACUAUGGCUAUGUUGUGGCUGUGACUGACUACGGCUACGUCUUGACUGUGACUGACUACGGCUACGUCGUGACUGUGACUGACUACGGCUACUUCUUGACUGUGACUAACUACGGCUAUGUCAUGACUGUGACUAACUACGUUGUUACUGUGACUGACUAUGGCUACAUCUUGACUGUGACUGACUACGGCUACCUCUUAACUGUGACUAACUACGGCUAUGUCAUGACUGUGACUAACUAUGUCUUGACUGUGACUGACUACAGGGUUACUGACUACGGCUAUGUCUUGACUGUGACUGACUAUGGCUAUGUCGUGACUGUGACGGACUAAGUCGUGGCUGUGACUGACUACGGCUACGUCUUGACUGUGACUGACUACGGCUACGUUGUGACUUUGACUGACUACAGCUAUGUCUUGACUGUGACUGACUAUGGCUAUGUCGUGACUGUGACGGACUAUGUCGUGGCUGUGACUGACUACGGCUACGUCUUGACUGUGACUGACUACGGCUACGUUGUGACUGUGACUGACUACGGCUAUGUCAUGACUGUGACUGACUACGUCGUGGCAGUGACUGACUACGGCUACGUCUUGACUGUGUCUGACUAUGGCUAUGUCGUGACUGUGACUGACUACGGCUACCUCUUGACUGUGACUAACUACGGCUAUGUCAUGACUGUGACUAACUACGUCGUAACUGUGACUGACUACGGCUACAUCUUGACUGUGACUGACUACGGCUACCUCUUGACUGUGACUAACUACGGCUAUGUCAUGACUGUGACUAACUAUGUCUUGUCUGUGACUGACUACGGGGUGACUGGCUACGGCUAUGUCUUGACUGUGACUGACUAUGGCUAUGUCGUGACUGUGACGGACUACGUUGUGGCUGUGACUGACUACAGCUACGUCGUGACUGUGACUGACUACGGCUACGUCUUGACUGUGACUGACUACGGGGUGACUGGCUACGGCUAUGUCUUGACUGUGACUGACUAUGGCUAUGUCGUGACUGUGACGGACUACGUCGUGGCUGUGACUGACUAUGGCUAUGUCUUGACUGUGACUGACUACGGCUACGUUGUGACUGUGACUGACUAUGGCUACCUCUUGACUGUGACUAACUACGGCUAUGUCAUGACUGUGACUAACUAUGUCUUGUCUGUGACUGACUACGGGGUGACUGGCUACGGCUAUGUCUUGACUGUGACUGACUAUGGCUAUGUCGUGACUGUGACGGACUACGUUGUGGCUGUGACUGACUACAGCUACGUCGUGACUGUGACUGACUACGGCUACGUCUUGACUGUGACUGACUACGGGGUGACUGGCUACGGCUAUGUCUUGACUGUGACUGACUAUGGCUAUGUCGUGACUGUGACGGACUACGUCGUGGCUGUGACUGACUAUGGCUAUGUCUUGACUGUGACUGACUACGGCUACGUUGUGACUGUGACUGACUAUGGCUACCUCUUGACUGUGACUAACUACGGCUAUGUCAUGACUGUGACUAACUACGUCGUGACUGUGACUGACUACGGCUACAUCUUGACUGUGACUGAGUACGGCUACCUCUUGACUAUGACUAACUACGGUUAUGUCUUGACUGUGACUGACUACGGCUAAGUCUUGACUGUGACUGACUACGGCUAAGUCUUGACUGUGACUGACUAUGGCUAUGUCGUGACUGUGACUGACUACGGCUACGUCUUGACUGUGACUGACUACGGAGUGACUGACUAUGGCUACGUCUUGACUGUGACUGACUACGGCUACGUCGUGACUGUGACUGACUACGGCUACGUCAUGACUGUGACUGACUACGGCUACAUCGUGACUGUGACUGACUACGGCUGCGUCGUGACUGUGACUGACUACGGCUAUGUCAUGACUGUUAUAUUAUUAUGACUGUGACUGACUACGGCUAUGUUAUGACUGUGACUGACUACGGCUACGUUGUGACUGUGACUGACUACGGCUAUAUCAUGACUGUGACUGACUACGGUUAUGUCAUGACUGUGACUGACUACGGCUAUGUCUUGACUCUGACUGACUACGGCUAUGUCAUGACUGUGCCUGACUACGGCUAUGUCAUGACUGUGACUGACUACGGCUACGCCGUGACUGUGACUGACUACGGCUACGUCGUGACUGUGACUGAUUACGGGUACGUCGUGAGCGCCGUUGCAAUUUCUCUCAGCCUCCUUUGAACAGACAGAUGUGGCGGAGGGGCCAGCGAAGCCUGAAAUUCCAAUAAAUGUCAGUAAAUCAUGAAUCAACCAGAAGGGCGUGCUCCAGCUGCCAGGCCGCUCAUCUGGUUCUAAUUACAGCUCUUAAUUGGCCAAACUCAUCAUCUGCUCAAUUGGAACCGUUUGACCCCGUCGUUUAGCCAAGACCUCAGUCUGCUCUGGCUGGAUGGAUUGGAUCACGAGCAGGAAAGAGCCUGCAACCGCCUCCUUUUCACCACAGCCUCCAAAGCAAACAGUGCCCUGUUUAGAUUGCAGUUUUUCAAAGUGGAAGCUUUCAAAAUGGAGAGAAAGUGGUGAACAUUACAUUUGCCCUCAGAAUGGGAGCUAGCUUUUCAGUCUUGCCGUAUUAUUAAUAAUGACAAUGUACUGUAACACAUUUCUCAAACUCUAAGGCUGUGUUUACAGGCAGCCCAGUUCUGAUCUUUUGGAUAAUUAUUGGUCUUUUCUCCAAUCAAAUCAGAUCAUUUGCCAAUAAUUGGGCAACAUAUCACAAUUGGUCUGCUUGUGUAAACACAGCCUAAGUAAGGGGUUAACUCAAUCCCUUCCACCAGCAUUGUGUAGCAUUCACCUGUAUGUACGGUUGAUGCAGAGCAGUGAGGAUAACCAGGAUUUGGUACCAGUCACACCUACACAGACUUCACCAAUGACCCCAAAUGAACCCUAAUGAACCCCAUGCCCCUCCCCUCUUCACUCCUCUGCAGGUUACCAUGACGACCGCAUUGUGAUGCGGUGGUUCUGGAGUGCGGUGGAGCGCAUCAACAACGAGCAGAUGCUGUGGCUGCUGCAGUUUGGGACAGGCACCUCCAGCGUACCCGACGAGGGCUUCGCUGCCCUAUGA